AUGUCACUAUCAAAGUUUUUUAAUCCAUUUCUUGACGAUUUACCAAUCCAUCGAUUCUCUAUAAAUGAUUUAAAUGUGUAUUUACAAGACAUCAUCAAUCAACUUUUAUAUAUUAAAGAAUCUGAAGAUCCAGUAAAUGUUAGACUAUUCCUAUCAAAAUAUUUUGAACAUGUUGUAAAUGGAACACAUACUAUUCAUAGAGAAUUUAAAUAUAUAUCAGCUAUUCCAUAUAACCGUAUGACAUUUUUAUUUAAUUUAUGGAAUGCUUUCAUGCCACUGAAAGAUAAAGAUUUCACUAUUGAAGAAUUUUACACAAUUGUCCAAUUAUUUUGUUUCGAUUUUCCUGGUGAAAUACUCUCUCAUUGUCAAAAAACUUUGAAUAUAGUACACAACUCCACAAUAGUUUACCCUUAUAAAGAUUUUGAACUUACUAAAACUGAGUCAGUUGGGUUGACUAAUAGACAAAAGGGUCAAUCCGAGUUAGUCAGUGAAUCAGACAUUUCUAGUGGAGACAGUAAAUGUUCACAUAAAUCAGUGGCAUCUGAAUGUUGUUUUAAGAUGAACAUAUUGGUUGACUUACCAAAUAAAUAUGUGGACUCAAUAGAAUUUCUUAAUUUUACACGUGGGUUGUAUAAAGAAUCAACUUUAUUAUUACCGCCGAAAUUAUUGAUGCAUAAAUGUGCCAAAACAUAUCUAUUUCAUUCAGAAUUUAAUCUAUAUGAUUUAUUUACAUCUUUGGCAACAGAUCACUUAUUAAUGAAAGAAAUAGGGUUUCCUCAAGUCCAUGGUUCGUAA